AUGGGCUACUACGACAAGAAACGUUUCACCGUUUUCUCGCUGGUUCGUGAGUUCAUGGAUCAACCGUCAGUCACAAGCGCCACGUCGCAAACUCUGGGUAAACUCGUGACGUGUUCGGAUGGGAUCGUGCAGCAGCUGGAUGCCGUGGGAGAGGAAUUCACAAGCCGAGAUCCCUGGUUGAUUCGUCUGUUACUGGAGAAGUUAGAUAAAGAGACCCGCGCUGCCUGGUCGCAAAGAGUGAUCGAGAAGGAAAAUCCAAAAUUUGUAGGGCUUGACGCGAAGAAAGAUGAAGGUAAACAAGUGAAUGAGAAGAAAUUGAAGACGUUGCAUACAAUUGCAACUAAUCAAAAGUGCGCGAAAUCCUCAAAAGAGCACAAUACGUAUCAGUGCGAUGAGUUUAAGAAGAUGAGUGUACAGGAUAGGCGUGAGCUGGUGAAAAAUGCCAAAUUCUGUAGUAAAGUUGGUUUCAGAAAAAGAAGUAGAAGUGAUCGCUUCGCUGAUUACGGAACUACCGGAAAAGAAACGGAUGGCCAUAUCCGUGCUUCCGACAGUAAUUGUGAAGGUGCGGCGACGAUCUACAUCCGAGCUAGAGUGCUCAUCAAUUCUGGAUCGCAAGCAUCGCUGAUAAAAGAAGAUUGUGUUCGGAAGUUGGAGCUGCCAAGAAGAAACGGCAAACUGAUUAUGAGUGGUCUUGGACAGCAAGAGGCUGGAAUAACACGCGGCUUUGUCACGCUAAACAUAGCUUCCCGGUUCGACGACAUCGUGGUUAUCACUACAGAGGCCUUUAUUCUAGGGAAGUUGACCUCAGAGAUUCCGUCGCAGCGUUUCAAUGCAACUAACAUGAAGCUAUUAGAGAAUCUCAAUGACUUGGCAGAUCCGGAAAUCAACCGACCGGGUCCUAUAGACAUUAUUCUUGGAUCGGACGUCUUUCUUGCGCUCUUGGAAGGAGGCCAGGUCAAAGACGAAAGCGGCCUAACGGUGGCCCAACGCACUGUCUUUGGAUCGAUAGUUGCGGGGAGAUACGACGACGAAUCUGUUGUUCACUGCAUCAAUCUACACACAGAUAUGGAUCAAGUCGCUGAACACUUUAGGUCGACACUUUCACGUGACAAAAGCGGACGCUUCAUUGUCAGGUUGCCGUUUGACAAUUCGAAGCCAGCGCUUGGCGACUCACUUUCUACCGCAACAAAGCGAUUAAUAUCUAUAGAAAGGCGAUUCCAGCUCCAAUCAGAGUACCAGCAAGAGUACACUGCUUUCCUUCAUGAGUACUUGGAGCUCGGUCACAUGGAAGAGGUUCCAGACGAUCAAGUGAAUAAGGAUAGCAGUGAAUGCUACUAUUUACCGCACCAUGCGAUGAUCAAAGAAGAUAGUACCAUGACGAAAUUACGCGUUGUGUUUGACGCGUCUUGUGCGUCAUCAUCGGGAAUUUCACUCAACGACCGAUUACUGGCAGGACCCAACAAUAACGCAGAUGCCAAGAUGUAUCGCCAGGCAGCGGGAUUCAAAUUACGGAAAUGGGCCUUAAACUACAAAUAUCUUAUAACUGAGGACUCUGCAGACGAGCUAUCACCGGUACUAGUCAAACUCUCCGAUCAUGGAGAGGCAAUUAAGGCUUUAGGAAUUCAGUGGCUUCCAACGCAGGACGAAUACGGAUUCAAGGCUCACCUCUCUCCAGAUAGCGCUAAUACGAAACGUCAGGUGAUCUCCGAUUCAUCGCGGCUUUUUGACCCGUUUGGUUGGCUAGCACCUGUGAUGGUUAAGAUCAAGAUGCUAUAUCAACUGCUUUGGCUGCACAACGUCGCGUGGGAUGACUCCUUGCCAUCAGCAGUAGAAAACGAUUGGAAGGAACUGGAACAACUUCUCGAGAACAUACGGAUCCCACGAUAUAUCGCCCCCGUGCGUGGUCAAUUGCAGCUCCAUGGAUUCUCUGACGCCUCCGAGCAAGCAUUUGCUGCAGUAGUGUGUGCCAGAUCAGUUAACGAUGGUAAGGUUUCGGUGGUUCUUGUAGCUGCUAAAUCACGUGUGGCACCCAUCAAGCAAGUGUCGCUUCCACGACUAGAGCUGAAUGCUACUUUGCUGCUAACGGAACUGAUGCAGCGUAUCACUGAAACAGUAUCGCAUCUUGAAAUAGAGCAUUAA